UAGUUCAUUUGCUCUUGCAGUUUAUUCCUGCAUUUAGCGGAAGGGUGUGAUAAAGACAAGUUAAUUGUCCUUCCUAGCCACUGCUAGAUGGAAACUGAUCCAAAUUACGAGUUUGAAGCUCCAAAAUGGGUCGACUUUACGGAAGAUUUCGAAGAUGAAUUCAAUGACUCGGGUCUGAACAGUUCAUGGUUUGAGAAAGUCCAUCCACUUCAUGAACCAAAGGACCCAUCACAUCACGAUGCAACUACCAAGCCACUACUUGCUGCUGCCCAAGUCGACAAGCCUGCCACAAGCUCAAAACCACAGCCCAAUAAACUGAAGAAAAAUUACAACAGCAAAAAGUCUCUUGGUAUAAAGUCAAUUCGAACACAACGUGGAGAACAUGAGGGCAUGAAUAAUAGAGAGAACAGUGGAAAAGUGCAAAGAGAUGUGAAGUCAUCAACAGCUAAAAAAGAUGAAAAGAAGACCACACAAAGAAGUAGUUCUGAGGAGGGGAAUUUAACUCCUGAAAGAUUAAGACAUCACAAACAGUGCAGUUUUACACCACCAUGGACAAACUCCCCUCAUAACAGACCAGAAAAUGCAUCACAUGCUAAUAAGAAAGAUGAUAGAAGCAGUAGCCUGAACAACAUGGCUGUCUUUUCUCCCCAACGUGUGCCUACUAAUCAGUCCCCAAUGUCUCCUGCACCAGUGCAAAGUGUUAAAAGGUCUUACACAGAAUAUGCUUCUUCACCAAAGACAUCUCUGCUAUCAAAGGCUGUCAGUGGAUAUCAGAAAGGAAAUCAACCUGGAAGGAAAAGAAGACUGUUGCCUGCCAUUCCCAGUAUAAACAAGAAUAGUCCAGGUAGUAUUUGUACAAGUCCUGCAUCACCUACUCAGCCGCAUUAUCAAAUUGAAGGCAAAGAGGGCAAAAUGAAUGAUCAAAUGUUCUCCAAAGAGGCUGCUUGUAGUGUUUCUAACAUGCCUCUUCGAGCAGUAGAUUUGUCACAAGCCGCAAGUCAAGAUCACUCUCUAGGACACCUUCAGAGUAACAAUACUAUUAAAAGAGAAUUUCAGGACAAAAAUAUGUUCAGCCAAAGACCUUUAGAAGCAAUACAUGAAAACAGUGCAAGCAAAGAAAAACCAAGCCAGCCCCUCGCACAAACAGAUGGUGAAAAGAAUGCAUCCUCAAAGCAUAAAAUGGUAACACAAUCUCAUGAUGUUAGUCUGGAAGCACUGUUAAAACAACACAACAAGAAAAUUGCAGCUGCAAGGAAUAAGUAUGAUGAAAAUGGCCGCAAAAUCAGAACUGCAGAGCCAAACUUUUGUCCUGCACCAGGCCACAAGUCCAUAUCUUCAUCAUCCACAGUAUUGUCACCAUCUGCUGCUUGCAAGAGGCCCACAACAGCUGUGGAACCUGUGGUUGGUGUGAAGCAGAAGCGCCGCUCUUGUGUUGCUGCUGUGAGCAGCACACAAAGUGAAAAAGCUACAUUUAAGACAAACUCAUCAUCAUCAAACAUAAAUAGGAAGGGCAAGGAGGAUGUUUGUAAACAAACAGUAAAGCAGAAACGUCGUUCAUGUGUUGCUACAUUUGGAAAUAGUGGAAAUGCAAAGUUAGACAAAGAACUGCGAGAUUUAAUUGCCCAACAUAAUUCAAAAGUUAAGGCUAAGAGGUCUUAGAUUUUUUUGUGUACAGAGCUCAAGUAAUUUAAAUUAAAGUUGUAGGAAUGUGGGAUUGUAAAUGUACAUAUACUUGUCAGUCAAUUAUCAAAUGAUUUAGAUUUGAUACUGGAAUGCAAAUCAGCACAAGACCAUUUUAAACAAAGUGGAAACAGGGUGCAUUACAAUUGGCAAUGCUUGUUACAGGCAUUUAUCCAAUCUGUCUUUCAACAACAUGAAACUGAAUUAAGAAGCUGUCCUUUAUGUGCUCCUUGUAAAAGUUGGCAAAUUUUUUGUAGGUUUGAGAUUUAAAAUAAUAUAACAUUUUUCUUGUGGAUUUUUCCCAAGAUGUGGUAAUACUUCGGGAGAAUUUUAACUUCAGGAGUUAAAUACAUGCAUGUUUGACCAGAUUUAACACUGGUUUGAGAUAAUUCUUUGUGAUAUAGAGGUAGCUCAGUUGUGAA